CUCUCAUCCCAUCCCCACCAUGACCCUCCCCCUCCCCACCCUCAUAACCACCCUCACCACCCUAACAACAAUCUACACCCUCUACAAACUCCUCGCCCUAACCCAGAACUACUUCAUCGCUCGACGCACGCGCCUCCCGAUCUUCAUCUCGCCCAUCCCCUCCACCAGCAUCCUCUGGCAGAUCCUGGGCCCGACCUUCCAGCGCCAACUGCAGCAGUGCCUACCGGAAUGGAUCUACGUGCGGCUGGACGUGCUCAUGCACGGGUGGGAGUUCCGCCAACGGGCGAAAUUGCAUCAUAGGCUGGGGAAGGUGUUUGUGGUUGUGACGAUGGAUGAGUGUUCGCUCUGCGUCGCCGACCCCGCAGUCAGCACCUCUAUUCUGGCUCGCCGCAAAGACUUCGUGCAGCCGCCCGUGGUGGCCAGAUUCCUGGGCUUCUUUGGGCCGAACGUGCUGCAGUCGAACGGGGAGGAUUGGCAGCGGCAGCGGCGGAUCAUCGCACCGAAUCUGAAUGAGAACAUCAUGCGCACGGUGUGGGGGGAGAGUGUGAGGCAGGCUGGGGAGAUGGGUGAUUUCUUGACACGGGGUUCGGGGGGCAUAUCAGAUGAUGAUGAGAAGAAGGAGAAGAAGAAGAAGAAUGAGGGUAGCAACGAUACAUUAACUGGCCUCCGCACCCUCGCCAUCAACGUCCUGGGCCAGGCGGGUUACGGCCAAAACGCGCCGUGGACGCCGGAUUUCGAUUUCAGCGAUACAGGGACAAGCUCAAACUCGACCUCAGACCAGACCAGUGGCCGAGUAUCCUACUUCAAAACCAUCGCCAUGGUGACAGACCGAUUCAUCGAGGCGGCGCUGAUUCCUGGCUGGAUCAAGCAGCUGCCGUUCAUGCCCGCCUACCUGCAGAGACUGGGACGGGAGAUGGAGCGGGUGCCGGGGUAUAUUCGGGGGAUUUUGGAUGAGGAAAGGAAUUCUUCUUCUUCUUCCGCUUCCUCUUCUGAUUUCAGUGCUACUGCCACUGCUACUGCUACUGCCAGUGGGGGUAAGAGUGGGGGUGAGAGUGAGGAUAGGAAGACAAGAGGAGGCAACUUGCUUGAUUUGUUGGUGAAGUUCUCGGAUACGAAUACCAACAUCAACGCCAAUAUUGAUAAGGAUGGCCUAUACCUAACCGAGUCCGAAAUCAGCGGCAACCUCUGGGUCUUCACAGCCGCGGGCUUCGACACGACAGCCACCACGAUGGGAUACGCGGUGAUGCUACUGGCCGCGUAUCCGGAGUGGCAGGAGUGGGUGCGCGAGGAACUACACUCCCUAUCAGUGGAGAAAUGGCGCUACGAGGAUGUUUUUACCAGAUGUACGCGAUUGUUGGCUGUUAUGUACGAAACCCUCCGCCUCUACACCCCCGUCCUACACAUCACGCGGUCGAUCUCCACGCCGCAACAACUCCAUUCCACCCUGGGAACGCACAACCUGACCCCCCCCAUGAACGUGUACGUCUCGUCGCAGUGCAUCCACCGCGACGCCGAUAUCUGGGGCGAAGAUGUGGAUGAGUUCCGGCCGGGGAGGUGGAUCGAUCCUUCGUCGGGGGGGUUGGUCGUGCCCGAGAAAGGCACGUUCGUGCCCUGGUCUGGAGGACCGAGGGUUUGUCCCGGGAUGAAGAUGUCGCAGGUGGAGUUUGUGGGGACGAUGGCGGUGUUGUUUUGCGGGAGGAGGUGUGAGGCGAGGAGGAGAUUGACGGCGCUGAUGGAGGAUUCGGUGCCGAAGUUGACUUUGCAGGUGAGGAGGCCGGAGGAGGUGGUGUUAAGGUGGGUUGAGCUUUGA